GCUCCGAUGCCGGGAAUUAUCGCCUGGAAAUAUCGCACGAGCUGCAGAAGGGAGCCGAGCGAGAGUGCAGGAAUUUUGUCAAACCCGUGUCGCGAUCGAAGUUGCGAAAGAAAAAGAGACCGACAUUUCUGCAUUGUUACUACCGGGAAAGAAAUUGGCCAACGAUAACCAGUGGCAAUUUCUUUCGAUUCGAAUCCAUCCGCCGCUGCGAGACUACGGUAAAAGUUCAACCCUCCGCCAGCCCUGAAGUCAUCAGCGACUUGUAAUCUGAUCCGCUGAACCCCUUCUUUCCGGGAAAACGACUUUUCGCGGGCCAAUUAGCUCCAGCAAUGUACUCAUCGACUGUAACGCAGUUCGAGGAACCACCUCGGAAGAAAUCCCCGGAGGAAAUAGCUGCCGAGCCGAUUCCCCUGCCGCCCCAAUCCGCCGAGCAGCCACUCAUAUGGAGGAACGUUAUCGCCAUCGCCGUAUUGCACAUCGUCGCUGUCUACAGCUUCGCCACGCGGUAUCACGAGGCCCACUUAUGGACAUGGCUAUGGAGUCCUUUCUACGGCUUAUCAGCAGGCCUGGGAAUUACAGCUGGUGCUCACCGACUGUGGGCUCACAGAAGUUACAGCGCUAAGACACCGCUGAGGAUAUUCCUUGCGAUGCUCUACUGCAUGGGUGGCCAGACGUGCCUCUUCAAAUGGAUUCGAGACCACCGGACCCACCAUCGUUAUACCGAGACCCCGGCCGAUCCCCACGAUGCUAACCGUGGAUUCUUCUUCUCCCAUGUGGGAUGGUUGAUGAUGCGUCGUCACCCUGCAGUGAAAGCCCACGGCAGCAAAGUUGACAUGAGCGAUAUUCUCGCUGACCCGGUUAUACAGUUCGCCGACAAGUACUACACGCCGAUAAUGCUCUUCCUUUGCUUCGUCUUCCCAACCCUGGUACCGGUUUACGUAUGGGGCGAAACCUGGACCGUCAGCAUCCUGGCUGUGACGAUCCGGUACGUCUGGUUACUCAAUGCCACGUUCCUGGUGAACAGUUUCGCUCACAUGUGGGGAAACCGGCCGUACAACAGCCACGUGAAGCCGACGGAGAACCCAACAGUUUCCUUUUUCACGCUCGGUGAGGGAUGGCACAACUACCACCAUUCGUUCCCGUGGGACUACAAGGCAGCCGAGCUUGGGGCAUACGGACUGAACCCCACUACCGGAUUCAUCGAGUUGAUGGCCUGGUUCGGACUCGCCUACAACCUCAAAACACCCAGCAAGGAAAUCGUGAAAAAAAUUAGCCUGACCAAGGGCGACGGCACGGAUAGUUUCUGGGGCAAUCACUAUCACGAUACUCAUCAUUCUUCCGAUGAACGACGGAGUAUCCAGUCACGCUAAAAGGCACGUGUGCGUAGAGAACUGAAAAUUAACUUUGCGAUUCGCCACUGUGCGCGAUCGACGGUAAAAUGAGCUUUAAAAUCCUACAGUAUGUACGUGAUAAUAAUUUUAUGUUUUGCGUAAGUAUAAGCAUUAGAUUUAGACAGUAGCGGUCGGUCUGAUGCUACACCAGUGAAUCAGAUCAGUGUACCUAUAACGACGUUUCCUAAUGAAACAAGGGUAUCUUGCCGAGUCGGAUAGAAUAAAUGUAUCUCGCCGUGCAAGGUAGAACAAGGGUAUUUCAGAAAACUCUAUAAGCUGUGUAUAGAACUACCUAUACUUUUCCUGUAGAGUCUUCUGAGAUACCCUUGUUCUAGACUAUACGACGAGAUACACUUAUUCUACACAGCCCGACGAGAUGCCCUUGUUUCAUUAGGACACGCCGAUAUGUUCGAAUGUAAUCACAUGGGAACACAGCUUUAAAUACAUACGUAAUGCGAGAAAUGUACAACGGUAAUAGGGGCAGUUUGGCCCGGUAUUACGGAAAUAUAAUUUUAUGUUGUUGUUUAGUCGUAGUACCAACUCCUGACGCUCGCCAGGUUACCAGUUGCAGUAGAAUUAUAUAUCAAGGAUGUAUACGUGUAGUUUUUUCGAUAAUUAGUAUAUGUAUUUUUUUAAUAAAAAUCCUUAGACGUUAUAAUUGUCAAGAAA